UCACACACAUCUCUCUCUCCUCCACAACUCACACGCGCUCAUUGUGAACUGAGACCAGAAAUAACGGAACACACACACCGGAGAACAGAAUGGCAGUUUCCAGUUGGUAUUUUGGCUUAUUUCUCAUCUUUGAUUUGAUGACCAUGACACUGGGCACCAACACCCACUACAAUUCACCAAUGGAAGUCUUCAGCGACAACAUAAUUAUCCCGCCCAAGCCAGAGGCGUCCAUACAUCAUCAGACUCAUCAAAGGACAGACAGAGGACGCAAGGAGAGGAUGACAGGCGGUCAGCUCAGAGAAAGACCCCGCAUUGCCGUCUUCCACACCCAAAAUGAAGGGCCAGACCUGGAGGGGCUCAGUCCCGUUCGCUUAGAGAUGGAGCCGACAGAUAAACGUCGGGUAAUGACUCCUAGAAAGAAGACCUUCAUGGGCUCUGAUUCCCUAAUUCAAGAGAAAAUGAAUAUUUCUCCUGGUGCUGAGACUCCAGAGAAGGCGAUGAGGCGUCCCACUGUUCGAAAAGUGUUUGGAGGGCACGUCAUUAGGGCUCCUCUUGAGGAAGAGUCUUUGGCAUCAGGGAAGAAACGGAGGGUUUCUUUUGAUCAAAGGCUCAAUAAAGCCUCCUUUGGGAGUCCCACAGAGCCAGUGCUUCCUGCUGCCACUGUUGGCACCUUCAUAUUGCCCAUAACUGCAGCAGUCGAUGGGGAUCCAAACCCCUCAAGUGAACCGCAGGUCAGACGUUAUUUAGGUGGAGAUGUGGCGCCCACUUUCAACAUGGCCUUAUUUGACUGGACGGAUUAUGAAGAUAUGAGGCCUGUAGAUAAAAAGCAAUAUUCGAAAAAGCAAGGUUCUGAAAAACAGGCUACACAAAGCCCCAGCACUGGACUUGUGAGACUUGCAUCAGAAAACAAUGCCUGUAAACAUCAUCUGGAUUGUCUGCCAGGUUCUUGCUGCAAUCUCAGAAAGCAUGUGUGUGAGCUUCAUAACCGUGGCUUCAAUAACAAGUGCUAUGACAGCUGCAUGUGUGAGGAAGGGCUUCGGUGCUAUGCAAAAUCCCACAGACAUUACCGCAUCACCCGCAAAAAGGGACAGUGUGUUGAUCCUGAGGACUUAAACCAUGGCAUGUUUAUUAUUGUUUAAAUAAUAAGGGAUUGGUCAUUUUUCCUUACAAAUGCAUGCAAUUAUACACUGUCCUCCACUAAUAUUGGCAAGCUUGCUAAAUACAAGCGAAGAAAA